UCUUUGUGUAACGCCAACUUUUUAACAACGAUUUUACGUCCGGUGCAUCGCGAUUGCGAUUAAGAAUAAAAAACAUCAGACAAAAAAAACACGGCAAUCUACCAAUGCCGGUACACACCGGAUCCGUAGUACGCAGGGAAACGCUAGCGGAUACUUUGAGUCAAAUAAUAAAAUGGAAAAGAAAUAAUGUGAAACAAUUUAUGGUAGAUUUGUGAGAAACCACUUGAUCGGGCCCACCUGAGAAUACAAUAUUCAUUUCGAAAGAUAAAAUUGAGUGAUGAAUUGUUUAUUUAAUCGUGUUUCAUUUGAAAAUGCAGGUGGAAAGUUCGAAUGUUACGGCGAUCGGUAUUGUUACGAAGUGUGGCGUGGUUGUGACGAUGUAGCUAAUAAAUUUUGAUGAAAAAUAUUUCGAAAUGGCGGAAGAGACUGGCAACAAUUUUGAAAUGUCGGAUUCGUUGUCAUUGAAAAAUAGCGAAGGUCGUAACGAUGAUUUUGGCAUUGAAAUCGGUUUGAAAAAAAUAAUACCUCAAUCACAAAUGAAUCAGUCACGUGUUGAUGUUACGUCGAGACUUUCUAGGCGGCGAACGAGACGUAUGGAAAAAUUUGACGUAUCGCGUUUGCCGACACCACCACCGGACCCUAUACCUCCGGACGACAGCAAUAUAUUCGAAGAGGCUUUCGCCAUGCACAGAAAUCGUCUCGAAGCUGAAACACUGCGAAAAGAAGGAGAGUUUUUAGAUUAUCUGAUGAGGCUUCCAACGCCCAAUGAAAAUCAACAACCUGCCCAACUAUCGCAACCCGCGUCCGUCUUUGCCGCGUCUCUGGAAGCUGAGGAUGCCUUCGAUCAUCUGGACAGAUUGUAUACAUUGAUGGAGCAAGUGCUGUCUUUGAGGGAACAGAAUUCAAAACUUGCUAGAAGGGUCAGAGAACUGGAACAUUUGAGGGUAAUGAAUGACGCCCAUCAAGCCGCGGAACGUGCGAUAAUUGUCAAUGACGAUUAUCCCAUUCCUGAGGAGGACACUACCAUGGCCGAGAGUUUAUUGAAUGCCAUGUUAUCGGCCGAUUAUAAUGAUCACGCGCAAAGAAAAGUACUGAGACCACCGGUACCUCGUCAACGAAGUCGUUCCGUUGGUGUCGAGGGCACUACCUCUUUACUACACGAAAUACCUCUCUAUAGACAAAUAUCGAGUAAAAGACGAUCUUCCGGCGUUCAGGGGACCCCGAAGGUAUCCAAAUGGACGAAGGUUAAGGCAGCUUUUAAAUGGGAGAGAGCUUAUACCGGUGGUAUAAAUGAUUCGGAUAUAACGAGAUACUUGAAGGUGCCAGAAAGUCCGGUACAGGAAUGUAAUUUUACACCUACAAUUUCUACGCCAACACCGACACCCACACCACCGACUCCUGGAACUUUGUCUUCGGCUUCAUCGGCGGAAGAUGUUGACGGUAUCGGAAGAGGUACCGCGUCUAGUAGUUCGAUACCCGCAAUAUCUCGGGGAAAAGAUGAUCUGCACAAAGAUGACAUCGAGGAUAACACAACAAACACAAGGCAGAAUUACCGACCGCUCGUUGGAGAUCGCGCUUUUUCUGGCUCAAAUCCAAUUUCCACGCACAUGUCGAAGAUGGAAAAUUGUCGAUCGAAAAUUGCGACGAUAAAUCAAACGUUGCAAAAAUGUCCAGUAAAUUUACCAACGACCAGUGCGACGAGUCGUUCUACCGAUCUCGCGGUGAGAAGACAAAAUCCAGCACUAACGAUUACCGUAACUGUACCGUCAACCGAGGAAUCGAGAGGUGCUAAUAUUUCAUCUCCUGAUUCUGUAUCACCCUCCAGAUCUCCGGAAAGUUUUGAUAGUAAUUUACAGGAAUGUGGCGCAAGCCCGCAGGCACGUCAAACACCAACGGAAACGGAACCGAGACAAGAGGCAUCUAAUUCUAACGAAGUAUUCAAAAGACAGUAUUCGGCAAAGGGAGAGUCUCUGAGAUGUUCACCGCAAAUGCAACGCCACAAUUCAAAGUGGUCCAAAGUCAAAAAGGCUUUUCUAGCGGGCUCUAUGUCGGUACCACCAAGCCCUAGUAGAGCAACAUCAUUUUUCACUGAAAUGGAUGGUCUCGAAAGUGACAAUGCAAGUGUUGAAGAUUUGGAUGAUAGAUCAUCCGUCUCUAACAUCCAAGCAGAAAUCCAAAGGAAUUAUCACAUUCUUCACAAGAAAUUGAGCGUUGAAUUUUACGCAAAGUAUGCAGAGUGGGAAAAACUGAAAACUUCAUCGCACGCUGCAGAUCCCGUGAGUCAAGAGCCCAGCAAUUCUCCGUCGCGUAUCGCGUCAAAAGGACGCGAUGCCGUGAGAUUACAAUUAAUGGGGAAGGAUCAACUUAGUCCAGACUUCAAAAAAAAGCUCGAAGAAUGGAAACGAAUAAAAAAGGGUUAUCACAGUCCUAGCAGCGAACAUCCAACUAGCCGCAGGCGGUUCACUGAUUGGCAAUUAUGGAGGUCACCUUCCAAACCUGAGACUAAGUUGGACGGAGAGCCGUUGAAACCUCGUCUGUCGGAAGAUUUCAUUAAAAAAAUGGAAGAAUGGAAGAGAAUCAGAGCUGGACAAUUCGACGAUGAACAUUAUAGUAAUAAUUCUAAUAAAAAUUCAUCGAAUUCAGCUCGAUCGGAACAAAGGAAAUCAGUUUGUACCAGUGAUUUUAGACAGUGUAAAAUGUACAAGCCUUUGGAAGGUAUGGGAUUCCAUUGUCUGGAAAAAGAUUCGAGUAAAAUCGAAAGGGAACCGCUAAAAGUCGAGAGACAAAGGGAAAAGUUUCUUGACAGAGAAGCCAGGUUGUCAAAGCUGCGCCGCGUUGUUGGGUCAUCGCCGCAAAAAAAGGAUGUACUGGUUCAAACGGCCACAGGAUUUUUCAGGUUCGAAGGAAUAUCCCGCAAGUUCACAAGGAAACUCUACGAAUGGGAAAAGAGUCAAGGGAUAUCAGCCGAAUCGUCAACUUUUCGCCUCUUGAAUUCGGGGUCACGACUUGGUACUAAUUUACCGUCGACAAAUGUUUCUCAUGACAGAGGAUUACGAUGUACGAUGAAGCGUUCGAAAUCUGUAGGAAGUAUGGUGGAAGAAAGUACAAAAAUGGAAGCACAAAUCAGACAACCUUCAAGUCUAUCACUGAACGACGUGGAGGAACUCGAAGCGAAGUGUAUGGCCGCAGACUCUCGAGUGUGUUCGGAACACACGAUACCGGACAUUACCGAAGAAAUGGCUGGCGCAUUAGACGAUUAUGAACCUGAGGCAAUAAUAGUUGACAUAGAGGAUGUUAUAGAAGAAACUGCCAGCCCCUUAACCAACGUCCAACCUCAUCAGACACCGAUAUAUUCCGUAGCCACGAGUGAAACAACUAGCAUUGCUGUACCAUUAGGAACAGUAACUUCUAGUCAUCAAGCAUCUCCAGUACGUUUGGUAGAAACUGGAAAAUCGUACCCACUUGUCGCUAAAGGAACGUUCAAUGGAGCUACCGAUGAAAAUUCAACCUCUACAAGGUCACCCAUCUACCCAGAUGGACAUCGAAGAGAAUCUGCACUUCACCCUAACAAGGACCCUAGGCAAAGCGUUGAAAAACGAGUCGAUGUAGGAACAUCGUCUCUUCGUGGGGGUGAGUUUCUGAGAAAUGAAAGAACAUCUGAAGACAGUUAUUGCGACGCAGGAUUGACCGAUUUACCAAAAACUGAUUCAACUGAUGAUGAGGAAAAGAGAAAUGCCAAUGGAAGCAGCGCAGUAUCAGUAAAGCGUGCUAGUGACCCGAAGACGAAAAAUACGAACGAUGGCCCAUCGGCACUCCGAUGCACAACUAGCGAAACGAAUCCUGAAUUACAAGAAAGUAUGAUCAACUCGAGCGCAGCUACAACUGAAUUACUUUCACAAGAUCGAGACACUGAUUCUCACAUGAACAGUUCGACAGUUACAAAAAUCCGAAAGACCAACAACGACCUGAAAACAUCUAUAAAAUAUGGGUCCAGUAACUCAAGCGAUCCCAUGAAAGAACAAUCGGUGACUUGUCAAGUGUCUAAUCCGCGCAAAGUUGGUCACGUGGCAAGUUUGAAAGUGCAACCCAAUCCCGAAUGGAAUACCCUCUCCGAUGCUACGGACAAUAGAGUGACCGUUGAAAAUGAGCCUAGGAAACCGAAAGAUUCUACUACUCAGCAAAUUUCUACAGAAAAAACUGUCAGUGCACAUGGUUCGGGUGAGUCUGGUUUCUCAUUGCGAGAGUCACACAUAAAAUCACAUCAAUCGCCGACAUCGGCGUUCGGCGAUAACGUGGGCGUCGAGAGAAUAGUUAUAAAUGAAAAUACUCUGGAUAAAAUAGUUGUACGAACAGCAGUUAAUGAAUCGAGAACUGCAAAUAUUCAUAGAGAAAAUGCAACCGGAACAUUUUCAUGUACCGUUGAUUCCGAAACGUCUUGUACAACGUCUGAUUGUAUUUCCAAGAAAGAAAAAAUUGGACCACGCAAUGUGUUUGUGAAAACAACGCGAAUGAUAUUUUCUCCGUUCAGACGGGAUGGCAAAGGUGGCGGUUCUCAGUGUCAGGGAGACACAGUUAGAAGUGUAGAAGAUAACGGUGCUCGUACAAUGCAAGAAAGUAAUACAGAAUCCAGAUCUCCACUUGUCUGGAGGAAAAAAAUGGAGGAAAUCGAAGAUAAGCGGGAACCUUCUUCUAGGCGUCCUCCGUUACCGCAAUCUCCGGUAUUAUCUCGAAAAGAAUAUCACAAGAUCAAUUCACCCAAAGACGCAUCUUCGAGUAUAAAAAUGAUGAUUCAGCGCUACAACAAAAAACUUGACGGAUCCGGUAGCCCUGCGAGCAGUGGUAGCGCAUCACCGAUCUGGAGAUCUCCAACUAGCGAAAGAAGAGUUAAAUCAAGAACGGAAAGAUAUUUAAUAGAGACUAAAAAGGCGGUUUCGAAUCCUUCGAGAAACGAGAUCACCAAAUGUUCAAGUGCCGGAGCGAUCAGAACUAGUAGUAGAAACUCUCCCACGGUAGCUACGGACCCAAAUAAAUCCUCCCACCAACCCUCUGGAGUGUUGAAGAGUCCGAGUGCAGAUUCUAUUAGUACAACUAGCCUAAAUUGCACCGAUCAAGGUCAAGGUUUCGGUGAACGAUAUUCUUCUAGAUCGAAUGAACCGAGAAAAUUAUUGAACGUUAACGAAUCGCGAUGUGGUAGAUUGUCGCCAGCGUUGAUUCACAAGUUGACUACACUCUCUGUUGCGGCAGCUAUGAAAGAAGGAUCUGCCAAUAGUUGCUGUUUAGAUUCCACUAUCCAGUCUCCGACCCAUGAAACUAGUGAUAAAACCCAUGCAACGAACGUCACUGACUUUAUAGAAAAAAAAAAUGACCGUGCCUCAAAAAUUAAAGAAGCCAAAGAGAACUUCCUUUCAUUUGGCCCAGGAUUCUCUAUUGAUUUCAAGGGAAAUUCCAACUCUGAUGUUACAGAGUCUGAUAGAAUGAGUAGCUGCAGAGAAACCCCGGUAAGAUUAGACCUAAUAAAAUCAGCCAGUGCAGGAAUGAUAAACGUCGAUGUUGACACGUUUGAAAGACUCUCCAUGGAUAGAGGUUGCGAAUCCCUUCCUAGACCAUCGAAACGAUCCGUUGAAUCGACGAGCCGUUUUACCAAUAUAGCAAGUAAAUUUAGACGGGCUAGAUUGAGACGUGGUAAAGAUAAGGACAGUAAAAUGACCACUAUUUCCAUGCUGUGUCGACAAAGUCUUCUUGUUGACAUUCAAGGUGAUGAAACAACAAAAAGUUGUCCGUCGACACCAGCACCUCAGAGAGAUGAUGAGGAAUGUUCUUGGACAAGCCGAACUUAGCGAUUACGAUAUUUUUAUACUUACGAUUUAUUAAUUCUUGAACAACUAUCUUUAUUGGGGUGCUUUACGAAUCUUCCUUUUCUCAGUCUCGUCACAGAAAAACUUAGUUGUUGGCCUGAAACAAAAUUCCUCCAAGGACUAGCAACGUUUUAGCUUAGAUUUAUAACUUUUGGGCUAGAAACUACUUUUUACUUUCGGCCAGUUUGAGAUAAAAAGGCAGCUAGAUUUUUCUCGAUCAUGCUUAUAUUUUUAAAUGCUGAAGAUGGAUUUUUAUUAUUUAUUGAUGCUUGAGUCGUUUCAGACAAAGUACAGAAUUUUGUACGCCAAGAUGAUAGUUUUAUGGUAACGACAAUUUUUAUAUUCCAAAACUGACACCGAAUUAUCAAAUUUCAGAAUGCUUUAAAGAUUGAAAAUAACAUUACUAUACAUAUAGCGGACUAGAUUUAUUCCGUAACAACGUUUGAAUAUUUACUAAUGCAACUUGAGAGUAUAAAACAAGUAUUAUGGGUAAUUUGUGUUAACUAAUAAUUGUAGAUAAUCAUUUACUGUAAAAAUAAUUGUUACUCGAAUCACUGACAGAAAUUAAUUGGUGGUAAGAAUUAAAUUAAGCAGAUAUAUUCUUAAGUUAUUGUUUAUAAAUUUCUGUUUAUGUUUUCCCCAGUUGAUCCCAUUAUUUUCAGUUUUUGAAGAUAUUGUAAUUCUCGCUCAAUCGAAAACUAGGUAGAAAAUUUGCAUAUUUUCUAAUGGUCUCUUUUUAUGAAAAAUUGUUAGAUUUGUUCCGCAUUCUAUCGAUCCUGGACCAAAAAAUGAAAUAUCAGCAUUAAUCCUGCAAUAGCGUAUGACCUUAGCGCUUCAUUUGAUAAUGUUAAAGAUCUUGUAAAAUUUUUGCAGUAAUCAAGUCCAAAGUUAUAGUAUAGAGAAUGAAUUAUCGUUUCUAUGCAUAUUCCAAUAUGCCGUGCAUCCGCAUAAUCUCAAACCUAAACCGGAUGUGAGAAAAAACCCCAGCUUCAAGAAAAGCCACAAAUUGUCAGUCGGGAAGUCUAACGCCUCAUCAGAAACCGCAAUUCUUUGCCUCAAGUUUGCAAUCCGAGAGAAAGAUAUGAUGAAAAAUCGCUUUAUUACGAUAAUUCAUCUUUAGUGUCAUACGUUGCAAAUUUUACAUCCAAAGUGGAAAAAGAAGGAAGAUAAGAAGUGUUUUUCUGAACUGAAAAUGACAUAUUUCAGAACGUGUUCAAAGUUGGCACGCUGACUAUUGAUUAAAUUAAAAAUCAAAAUGGAAUGGGUAACAUCGCGUUUUCUACAAAUUACGUUGCAGAGUGCUAUCCGCAUAAAUGGAAAGACCGGUGUAUAAGUAGUGGUGGAGGGACCCUAUCCUAUAUAAUCAAGCAGACGAUUGACUACGCCACAGUUCUAUUGAAUAUUUAGCCAUGUUCAAACACCAGACAAUCAUCGUCCUCGCCGCGCUCUUGGCAUUCAGUGCCCAGACUUUGCUCUUAACCGAGGCGUGUACAACUAUUGGAGGUAAUGGGGGUUCUAACCGACUACACGUCCGGGUCAGCCGUUCUGUUGUCGAAGGACCGGCGCCGAAAGUUGCCACUGAUGCUGUAAACCCCGGACCGGUUGCCGAAGUCAAGUCAACAGCGAAUGAAAAAGAUGCGGAAAUCGCAACAGGACAUCCCGCUGUUGUUGUCAAUCCGAAGACUUCGGCACGUAAAUAGAUGAAAAAAAGUCAACGAUGAGCGACAUAGGCUUCAUAGUUACCUGUAAUUUUUGUACGAAUAUCAUUCGAAUGCAAACAUAAAUACAUGCGAUAUUGAAUCGA